GCAUUCGGGUGGACGGAGAUGCAGACUGGGCCCCUACAAGCAACUUGCACAGGACCCCAGUGCAAGACUUAUCUGAUCGAGACCCAGAGGCCCUGCAACCUGAAGAUCUACAGCGACAGCACCGCAGGACAGGGCAUGUGCAGCAGAGUGGGCGUGGGCAAGGUCAGGCACCUGGAACUGAGGUACUUGUGGAGUCAAGAGCGGCUAAGACCCAAGGUGCUUGAGCUCCUGAAGGAGGACGCCAACGAGAUGACAGCCGACAUGCUCACCAAGUACAGCGAGUGGUCGACGAUAGGGAAGCACUACGCCACUCUGAACACCAUGUCCAGAAAACAGUUCAAGGGCUUGAGCGCGAUGGCAGUUUCCACGGAAGUCGCGACUUCUGCGUCAGGCGAGAAGGUGACGGUGUACGAGGAGCCAGGCCAGGCAGCGGUUUGCCCCGCACCUGUGCCCCACUACGUGGACAGCGAGGAAUGCUGGUUAAUCCUGAAGACGGGUGUCUUCGCGGUGAUCGCUGCGGCGUACUUCUUAGGCUGCGCGCGCGGUUGCUACGCGAGGAACUACCUCAAGAAGGACCUCAUCCAGAAGGCGGUUGGAGCGAGGCACAAGUUGUUCAACACGUUUCUCGUAGUCGACUUGAAGCAGAUCUUGAGAGCCAAAGGCUUGCACGUGAGCGGUCUCAAAGACGACCUAAUCAUGCGGCUGAUCAAGAAGGGCAACGUCCUGUCGGAUCGCCAGGCCAAGGAGAUCGAGCAGCUGCGAGUGACGGCUACGACGCGCGGACCCCUGACCAGGAUCAACCUUCAGGACUUGAGUAGCCCUGAGGCCGCGCAGCAGUGGAUCGAGACGUUCAAGAGCGAGUGCCGA